AUGGGCAACGAUUCCGUUGAGGAAAAUGCUACGGAAUUUAUUGAAAGAAGUGCGGAUACUAUUGAAAAAGACGCUAAAAAUGUAAAUGCUUCUGGAGGAUCAAAUACGAUUAGUAAAGCUGGUGGUGCUUACAUUCCGCCAGCAAGGCUUCGUAUGAUGCAACAACAUCUGGGAGCAGAUAAAAGUUCAGAGGCUUAUCAAAGAGCAAAUUGGGAACGUUUGAAACGCAAAAUUCAUGGUCAGAUUAACCGUUUAAAUGUUUCUAAUAUUGUUGAUGUUGCUAGAACACUGCUGCGUGAAAAUUUAAUACGUGGGAGGGGAUUAUUUGCUCGCUCUAUAAUACAAGCUCAAGCAUUUUCUCCUUCGUUUUCACAUGUAUUUGCAGCACUUGUAGCUAUUAUAAAUUCUAAAUUUCCUAACAUUGGAGAAUUAGUUUUGCGCCGUCUUAUAAUUCAAUUUAAACGCUCAUUUCGUCGUAAUGAUAAACAAACCUGUGUAACAGCUUGUAAAUUUAUUGCACAUUUGGCAAACCAAAGAGUGGCACAUGAAAUUUUAGUUUUGGAAAUGUUAGUUCUUUUAAUGCAAAGACCUACAGAUGAUUCAAUCGAAGUGACUGUGACGUUAUUGAAAGAAUGUGGUGCAAUGCUUCUUAAAGUAACGCCAAAAGGUUCAAUUGCUGUUUUUGAACGUCUUCGUUCUGUUCUCAAUGAUUGCGAUUCUAUUCAAGAGCGGACACAAUAUAUGAUAGAGACGAUGCUGCACAUUCGCAAAACAAGAUUCGAGAACUAUCCAAUAAUGUUAGAAGAAUUGGAUUUGAUUGAUGAAGAUGACCAAAUUGCACAUUUGGUCCAGUUAAACCCUGAAGAUGGAAAAUCUUAUGAUCCAGAAUUGACAUUAAAUAUUUUUAAAUAUGAUCCGGAAUUCGAAAAGAAUGAAACAGAAUAUGAUGAUAUUCGUAAAGAGAUAAUUGGAGAUGCAGAUGACGAAGGGGGCGAUGGAGGUGAUAAUGAUGAAGAAGCUGAUGAUGAGAAUGAAGAGGAAAAGCGUGCUGCUGAAAGUUUGUUGUUUUUAAUAAUAAGAGUUUUUGUAAUUAAAUUUCAAGCAACUGCUGGCGUUGUUAUUUUGGAUAUGACAGAGCAAGAUAUUGUAGCAUUCCGCCGAAAUGUUUAUUUAACAAUUCAGUCAUCACUUGAUUUUCAGGAAGCUGCACAUAAGCUUAUAAAAUAUGAAUUGAAGCCACAAUUAGAGAAUGAACUUUGUCAUAUGAUAGUUGAUUGCUGUGCCCAACAACGGACAUACCAAUCAUUUUAUGGAUUGCUAGCUGAACGUUUUUGCCGACUGCGAAAAGAAUUUCAGGAAACAUUCGAACAAAUUGCUCGGGAUACUUACAAUGCCAUUCAUCGUUUUGAUCAUACAAAGCUUCAAAAUAUGGCUAAAUUUGUUGCUCAUCUACUGAUUACAGAUGCUAUAAGUUGGGAAGUUUUUUCAGAAAUCAAAUUAACAGAACAAGAUACAACAUCUGCCGGGAGAAUUUAUAUAAAAAUUCUUUUUCUUGAAUUGGUAGAAAAAAUGUCCUUGGUUACUACAUACAAACGUUGUAAUGAUCCUACACUACAAACUGCAAUGGAAGGCCUCUUUCCACGUGACAAUCCUCAAAAUACUCGAUUUGCGAUAAAUUAUUUUUCGUUAAUUGGACUUGGAGCUCUCACUGUAGACUUGCGUGAACAUUUACAAAAACGAUUAGAUAAGGAACGUAAGAAGAUGGUUAAGAAAGAGGAGGAAAUAUCUUCUUCAUCUUCUAGUUCUUCAUCAUCAUCUUCCUCUUCUUCGGAAUCUACAGAUGAAGAAGAAAAAAGACGACAAAGAAGAAAGAGAAAAUUAAAGAAAAGGGCAGCAAAAGAUUCAGAUGCUAAAAAGAGAAAAAAGAAGAGUACUGAGAAAAAUAAUGAAGAAAAAAGGACGAAAAAAGAGCGAAAAUGA